AGAGGGGUGGGGGUUGGGGGGGGAAGAUAUGGCUGUGGCUCGGCGCGGCUGGAGGCUGGCGCCUGUUCGCCGUGGCGUCGGUGGGCCCCGGGCGCGUCCUCUUCUGAGGCCCCUCUGGUUGCUCUUCGCAGUGAGCCUCUUUGGCUGGGCAGGGGCUUUGGACAGCUCCGGGAGAAUGACGAGAGCCAUGGAUGAGGAGAUCGUGUCCGAGAAGCAGGCAGAGGAGAGCCACCGGCAGGACAGCGCCAACCUGCUCAUCUUCAUCCUGCUGCUCACCCUCACCAUUCUGACGAUCUGGCUCUUCAAGCACCGCCGGGCCCGCUUCCUGCACGAAACUGGCCUUGCUAUGAUUUAUGGUCUUUUGGUAGGCCUUGUACUUCGCUAUGGCAUUCAUGUUCCAAGUGAUGUGAAUAAUGUGACCCUGAGCUGUGAAGUGCAAUCAAGUCCAACUACCUUGUUAGUCAACGUUAGUGGAAAAUUUUAUGAGUAUACACUGAAAGGAGAGAUUAGCUCUCAUGAACUCAACAAUGUUCAAGAUAAUGAAAUGCUUAGAAAGGUUACUUUUGAUCCAGAAGUCUUUUUCAACAUACUGCUUCCUCCUAUCAUAUUUUAUGCAGGUUACAGUCUUAAAAGGAGACAUUUUUUCCGGAAUCUUGGGUCAAUCUUAGCAUAUGCCUUUCUUGGAACAGCAAUCUCUUGUUUCGUUAUUGGAUCCAUAAUGUACGGCUGUGUAACCCUGAUGAAAGUAACUGGACAGCUCGCGGGAGACUUUUACUUUACAGAUUGCUUGCUGUUUGGUGCCAUUGUGUCAGCCACAGACCCAGUGACUGUUCUUGCCAUCUUCCACGAGCUUCAAGUUGAUGUUGAACUCUACGCUCUUCUCUUCGGUGAAAGUGUCCUCAAUGAUGCCGUUGCCAUAGUUCUGUCCUCCUCAAUAGUGGCAUACCAACCAGCUGGAGACAACAGCCACACCUUUGAUGUCACAGCCAUGUUCAAAUCUAUUGGAAUCUUCCUUGGGAUCUUCAGUGGAUCUUUUGCAAUGGGUGCUGCUACAGGAGUGGUGACAGCUUUAGUGACAAAAUUCACCAAGCUGCGGGAAUUCCAGUUGCUGGAGACAGGUCUGUUCUUCUUGAUGUCCUGGAGCACCUUCCUUUUGGCGGAAGCAUGGGGUUUCACAGGUGUGGUUGCAGUAUUGUUUUGUGGCAUCACACAAGCACAUUAUACGUACAAUAAUUUAUCCACAGAGUCUCAGCAUAGAACUAAGCAGUUGUUUGAACUUCUCAACUUCUUAGCGGAGAAUUUCAUCUUUUCUUACAUGGGGCUGACGCUGUUCACCUUCCAGAAUCAUGUCUUUAACCCAACAUUUGUUGUAGGAGCAUUUAUUGCUAUUUUCUUGGGAAGAGCUGCUAAUAUUUACCCCUUGUCUCUCUUACUUAAUUUGGGUAGAAGAAGUAAGAUUGGAUCAAAUUUUCAACACAUGAUGAUGUUUGCUGGCCUCCGUGGUGCAAUGGCAUUUGCCUUGGCCAUUCGAGAUACUGCCACUUAUGCACGACAAAUGAUGUUCAGCACCACACUCCUGAUUGUGUUUUUUACUGUGUGGGUGUUUGGUGGUGGUACCACUGCCAUGCUGUCGUGCUUGCAUAUAAGGUACUAUGCUAGACUCUGGGGAUACAGAGUUGAAUUGAGACAUGGCCUUUACCCUCAAGGAGCUCACAGUCUUUUUGGGGAGACGGACAGGGUUGGUGUUGAUUCAGACCAAGAACACUUGGGUAUUCCUGAAAAUGAAAGGAGAACUACCAAAGCAGAAAGUGCCUGGCUGUUUCGGAUGUGGUACAACUUCGAUCAUAACUACCUGAAGCCUCUGCUGACCCACAGUGGGCCUCCUCUCACUACCACGCUCCCAGCCUGCUGCGGGCCUGUUGCCAGGUGCCUCACCAGCCCCCAAGCAUAUGAGAACCAGGAACAAUUGAAAGAUGAUGACUCCGAUCUUAUUCUCAAUGAUGGUGAUAUCAGUUUGACGUAUGGGGAUUCUACUGUGAACACUGACUCCGCAACAGCCAGUGCCCCAAGGAGAUUUAUGGGCAACAGUUCUGAAGAUGCCUUGGAUCGGGAGCUUACAUUUGGUGACCACGAACUAGUCAUUCGUGGAACUCGCCUGGUUCUUCCAAUGGAUGACUCAGAACCUGCAUUAAAUUCAUUAGACGACACAAGACACAGUCCAGCCUAAGCUUUCUAAUACUCAUUUAGUGGUUUUGUAAACUUUGCACAUGUGAUUGUGAAGAAAUGUGUACUACCUACAAGUCCUAGUGCAUGUCUCCGAAUGUGUAAGCUAUAUAAAUGCUAUUUAUAUGGCCUAGGAAGAAUACAAAUACCCUGUACAAGGCAGAUUGUGAACAAACUGUUUAGUUUUGCUGGCUGCACUACAUUGGCCGGAUCUGUUUUAGAAAGUUUCUUUCACAGUGAUGUUGUGUGUUCUGUUAGUUUUAUGUUUCAGUUAAAGUAUAAAAAGUGAUGGAUUGACCCUUUCUUAUAUUUAUCUUACACUUAACUGGAGUACCAACUUCUUGUGGUGUGAAUGAAUUUGUGUGUGGCAGGGAAGGGGGAGGGAAGGAGAGCUGUUACUCCCUCGGGAACCCAGGGAGGAGAGGUUGCUUUGUUGGAAAACUUUUGUUGGUUGCUGCUGCCUUUGUCGUGACUUCUUUCUUUCCCUUUUCUCUGGUGGCCCUUUGUGGUGCAAGGAGCUGAUGGCAUUUUGAUCUCACCCCAUUCAGAAUGGGGACUGAAGUGUGGGGGCCUUUUUUACCCCAUUGAUGUGAAAGAACAGAUUUCUUGACUACAGUACAUUGAUGCUCUGAGAAAGAAGGCUACAAAUAACCUUCAAGACCUUACUUCUUUUCUUUCACACCAAGACCAUCGGAAUUGCAUCCAGCUGGCUUAGCCAAAGUACAGGUGUAUAUACUUCAGGGCACUUGUUACAUUUGGGGGGCGCUGGAGCAAGUGCACGUGGGGCAUAAGAUGGUGGUGUUGGAGGUCUCUCUUCCCAAAUAUGUAAAUAUCCUAUACCAGAUAAGUUGAAGUAGGAAAUGUCAUUACCGCUUCAUUUUUGAUUAUGUUGUUUGUGUGUAUAGCAAGCCUUGUCACCAGAAGUUUUCUAUAUAUAUAUAUAUAUAUAUAUAUAUAUAUAUAUAUAUAUAUAUAUCAAUUUAAAUCGCUGCUCUUUAGCAGCCAAACAGGAGCAAAAUGUAAACCUUUUAAACUCAAGGUGUUGAAUGGUUACUUGUUAGUCAAUAGUUGCUGUUGAAAGGUAAUUUAUGAGCCCACGAUUGUUCUGUACUACGCCCAAGGCAGCCGUAAGAGAGAUACAGUGCUCUGCAGCAUCUUUGAAGGGACUCUUUUGUGUAAAGUGGGGGUAGUAGUCUUCAUGGCAGUGUUACCUUUUAAUAAUAGACACUCAAGCUGCCAUGUGUUGUUUUUGACGGUUUUUGAGGAAGAGCACAGGACAAAGUUUCAUUUCAUAUCCAUAGUAUGAAAGUGGUUUCUAUUUUGUAAUGUGACAUAUACCUAAAGGUACAUUGAACACUUGAUGCUGAUUCUGACCUGUUCAUGAUUUAGGAGAAAAAUACAAAUUUUAUGGAUUUCCCCCCCCCCCCAGGUCUGAGUAGAAUUGCCUUAAAUCUAACCUAAUUAGAAAAUUGAUUAUAUAUGUGAUGUUCAAAUUUUCCACUGAAAUAUACUCUCCCAAACAAAAUAUGCGCUUACUCUCAAAAGGGUUCUGUGCCAUUGUAAACACUCCUUGAGAUUUUAAGGGAAUCUCACGUUGUACCCUUCAUGGCAGCCUUGACUGUUGGCAUAGCCAUUUGUUAUGUAGUGGUAGUGACUUCCUGCUAUGCAGGAACUCCUCCUGUGAAGUGUACGUUUUAUAUGAUAUGUGGCUCUUCAUGCAGUAAAUAAUUUCUUGUUAAUGUAUGUUUGAGGGAUUUUGAAUGUCAACAUCAUUGACCCACAAAGUUAUUCAAGUUGUAAUUUAACUAUUGUAUUUUUUAUUCUGUCAGGUUACUGAGCUCACUUUAUGAAAAUGGCUAUAAAUAAUUAGCAUGGCAAAUUAUGUAAUUUGUCUCUUUUCAGCAUGCCUAAGAUUUCUCCUUAAGGAAACUGGUAACGCUUGAGUCCACUAAAUCUGCCUUCAGUACUUUAUCAAUGGGAACCAACCAACGUUGUUGUGCAUACGUAUUCAUUAUGUAUUCAAAGAUUUUCUUCCUCACUCGUCUGUGUACACAUCCCCAUGCAAAGAGAAAACCAUCUCUGUUGAGGCAGCCAUUGUAAUUAAGCACCUGAAUGAACUUUGAAGAAGUACAGUCUGAGUUACCAUCAUGCAUGAGUGAACUGCUCUUGGACCUGUUUUUCUGUUGUUCAUGGAAUCUACAUGUUUGAUUGACUUGAACAUUGCAUCCCUCAAAGUUAUUUUUCAAGAUCUUUUGGCAUUUAUCCUAGUCUGUUUUUAGCAGUGUGCUGUUAAAGUACUAGACUUCUAAUUUUUAUGUGCUUUUUGUUUUCCUUUGGGGUGCUUGGAAAGAUGUUAUAGUGGUUUCUUUUAGGAAAAUCUGUCAUUAAAAAAAUUAUAGCCUUGCAAAUAA